AUGAGACGAAAUAAACGACCACGAACUGAUACUUCUGUCGAUUAUAAUAACAACAAAAGACAAAAAUCAGACACAUCAGCAAUUGAAACCAAUUUAUCAAGUCACAAGCGUAUCUCUUCACUCGAAGAUCUUUCCAAUGAACUUUUCUACGAAAUCUUCGAUUAUCUUCUCGAUCAUCAUGCAUUUCAAGCCUUUUAUGAUCUUAACAAUCGAUUUCAAAGUCUUUUUCUUCAUUCGAAUUUUCCAAUUCACAUCAAUAUUUCAUCGAUAUCGAAAGCAGCUCUUCAGCAUUACGUCUCACAAAUCAUCAAACCUUGUACUUCUCGAAUCGAAUCCUUUCGCUUAUCGAAUCCAUGCAUCGAUUUAUGUUCAUUAUUUGUUCCGUUGAUGAAGAAAUUCACUCAACUUUCAACACUUGUCCUCAAUCAUAUCGAUGCGAACCAUGUCGAAAAGCUUCUCAUUCACUUGCAGUCUCUACCUGUUUUAUCUUCCUUGACCCUCGUGUCGAUUAACCAUCUUACCGACAAGAGUAAUAUUUAUGCAAAGUUAUUGCCUUUACCGAAUAUGAAAUAUUGCGAAAUAUGUAUCGAAACAUUACAAUGUCCAAAAUCAUUCGUUGCUGCUACACAUAUCGAACAUUUUGUUAUCAAUCAUGAGAUCUCAAUUGAUCAAUUGUUUAUUCUUUUACCUUGCGUUCCGCAAAUACGUCGUCUAUCGAUUGGCAAUUUGAAAGAAUCGAGAACUAAUCUAAUAGGAAAGUGUUCUAUUAGCUUACCUCAUCUAAUAAACGUUUCUCUCAAGUCGAAUGUCCAUCGCAAUAUUUCUUUUGAUGAAUUCGAGGCUUUAGUUAGCAAUUGUUUUCAUCAAGUAGACGUUUUAAACGUUGAAGUACAGUUUAUUGGAUUUGGUCUCGACGAUCGAGAAUUUAUCAAUGCAACUCGAUGGCAACGGUUAAUCACAAGUUCUAUGCCGAACUUACGUGUUUUUGAUUUCCGAUAUUCAUACCGUGGCAUUGAUUACAAUGUUGAGUAUCAAACAUUUGAAACUCUAACCAAUAAGUUUAAUGCCAAGUUUUGGACCGAUCGACAAUGGUUCUUCGAUCGGCAUUAUCAUAAAAAGACAUGGUCCAACGCUGUCAUCUUCUACUCACGAAAUCCCUACCAAAGGAAAAACUAUGUACUACAUGAUGAACUAACCGAAAAUAUCUGGUCAACUCGUUUUGAUUUGAAUGCAGAUCCUACUCAUCAUAUUUGUGUCCAUCGGACAUCGAUAUUCGACAAACCUAUAGGUCAAUUUCCAUAUGCCACUAAGCUAACACUGUGCGAAACUUUUGAAGUACCACGGCUACCGAUUGUAAAUGGCUUAAAUCGCGCUUUUCCACUGCAACAACUGACGAACUUAUCGAUCCAAUGUCAUCAUUUUGCUUUUCAUCAAUUGAUCGAACUUUUUCGGUUUACAACGAAUGUCCAGACGUUGACACUCGAUUCUAUAGUUCUUUAUCGAGCUGAUGCAAGUUCAAUUCAACGAAAUGAAGUCUUUCAGUCGGUAUCAAAAGCCAAUUCAGUACGAAAGAUAACCAUCAGUAAAGAGAUUACAUUAGAAAAAAUGCGAUUGGUCAUUGCCGCUUUUCCUCGUAUGGAAGAUCUUACGAUUAAUUUAUUUUUUCCAGAUUUGAAACCUAUAGCUCAAUAUUUACUUACAAAUGCGCGCCAUUUGUCUGCUUUAUGUAUUUCCAAACAACGUAAUGACUUAGUGAGAACAUUACAAAGUUUGAUUAAAUCAAAAAAGCUUCUUCGUGAUUAUGUUCUUAAAGUUUUUAAUGGAAAAUUGUAUUUAUGGUUGUAG